AUGGCACAUACGAUCAUUGCGCUAUCGGCGUCGCUGGCUCUGUGUUGCCUCAUUUCUAUCUCGAAACAUGAUGUUGUCUCCGCCUCUACCCAGGCGCAUGCCAGUCACAUCCUUGUUGACUCGGAGGCUCAAGCCGAUGAGCUAAAUCUGCAGUUAAGUGAGGCCCCGAAUCUUUUUGCCAAGUUCGCGCAGCUCGCCAAAGAGCACAGUUCUUGUCCCUCUAGCCGCAAAGGUGGCGACUUGGGUACAUUUGGACGUGGACAGAUGGUGCCUGAAUUUGACCGUGUAGCAUUUGAAGGCGAGAUUGGCGUUAUUCACAAGGUCAAGACCCAAUUUGGUUGGCACCUUGUGCUGAUAUCUCGCCGUCUGGAAGGGACUGACGAGCUGGAUCAGUUCCGCGAUCUUAAGCAAACAUUUAUGAAAAUCAUGCCUUUCCUUGGCCCAAUCGUCCUCAUCUUUAUCAUGAUUUAUGGAGUCCGUGGAAGCAGAAGCGGACCUCGUGCUCAUGCAUACCAUAUCUUGGUUAAGUCUGAGACUGAGGCCAACAAAUUGUUCGAUGAGAUCAAUGCUGCAGAAGAUAAGAAUGCAAAAUUAUCUGAACUAGCUAGAAAGCACAGCACGUGUCCUUCUGGUAAAAAGGGAGGAGAUCUGGGCAUGUUUGGACGUGGUGAGAUGGUGCCUCAGUUUGACAAGGUGGUUUUUGAAGGAAAAGUUGGUGAAUUAGCGAAGGUGCAGACUCAAUUUGGAUGGCAUGUGCUGCUCUGCACAGAACGCCUGGGUGAUGAAAAGAAGAUUAAAUAG